UAGAGGUGUCGGAAGUGCGUCCUGCUGUAUCCGCGGCGGUUCUGUCUCCUUUCCGUGGGGGAAUUUUCUUCUACUUGUGGAAGUGUUUGUGAAUCGGUGUGCGUUUGUACGGUCUGCUGGAAUUUCGGCCAUUUCAACUCGACGUGCCGUAUCGGGGGCUAACGAGGAAAAGUGUUGGGUGAGGAAAAUUGGUGGAUAAGUGGCUUCAAGAAAGCUCGAUUUGUUGGAUUCUCGGAACUUGGACAGUUCCUGGAGGAUCUUUCGGAAAACGUUACAGUGCGAUUGAUAGUGUUUGUGUUCAGAAAAACGCAUUGUGGAAUACGCAUUUUCCUGAGAAAGUGAAUGCAGUGAGAAUCUGUGUGACCGACCAGUGAGUGGGUUGAGUGAAUCAUUCUUGUGAAGUGUUCUUUAGCUGCGGUUAACAUCUAUCUGGAUUUACAUCUGAAGUCAGAGAAAGGAAAAGUUGACAGCUACCCACACCAUCAAUCGAGGACGACGAAGAUGAACAAAUUGGGCUUUACAGUGAAGGUGCUGCUGGUGCUGGCGCUUGUCGGCACGUUCGUGGCCGAUGCUAAGAAGAAGCCGAACAAGUACGGGGACGGAGAUUUCGAGUUUGUUGAUGAGGAUGAUAAAAGCAAUCAACAGCAGUUGGACUCGAUUCAGAAACAACAGCUACAGCAACAGCAACAACAGCAGCAGCAGAUUCCCGAGAAGAAAAAAUGGAUCCACGAUCCUUCCAGUGAUCUGUGCAAACCACUGAAUUGCAAAAAGAAAGAAUUAUGCUUACUGGAAGAUGCAUACACUGCCGUUUGCGUGUCAAAGAAGGAACUUCACAAAAACAAAUUUAUCAACAGCUACAACACGCUAUCAAACAGGGACGAAAUAAUCACAAAAAGCAAAUACUUAGAGGAAGAGGAAGCCAAGCGCAAAAUUGAAGCGGAAGCUGCCGAAUCUGGGCUGAUAAGUGGUAACAGCAAUGUCGGUAUCAGCAGCAGUAACGCCAACAGUGGUAGCCUCGAUAUCAGUUCUAGUGACAGUAACAUUGGUGGAAGUGGUAGCAGCGGUAUUGUAGGCGGCAGUAGCAGCAGCAGCAGCAGCGGCACUAGUGGAAGCUCCAGUAGCGCCAGUGAGGGAGAUGAUUUGCUGCAACAGGAUCAGGAAGAUCCGGACGACGAAAGCUCCGCCCAAGAUGACGAUGUUUUCUAUGACAGUGACGGAAGUGAUAAGGUGGAGGAAGAUUGCAAACCCUGUCCAGUGGUGAAACCAACGUUCCUCUGCGGAAGUGAUAACCGAACGUACUCGUCACUGUGCCGGUUGGAUUAUCACAAUUGCAUUCACGGCAGUUCUGUCAAGGUGAACUGCAAGGGAUUCUGUCCGUGUAAAGACAUCAGCAGCCUGGUCUCGGAUAUGAAGAAGCAACAGCGGAUGGCCGACCGGAUGAACGCAUUCAACGCCAAAUACCAGCGGACGAUCGAGAGCAACGACAUCAACGCCAACGGGGGCGGUAUGGGCGGAAGCAGUUCCGCCUCAACGUCGAGUUCGAGCAGCAGUGGCAAGGUAGGCUACAACAACGUCCACUAA